AUGGCAGCCCCAAGCCCCGAUCUGGCCAUGUCACGGCCAACUUCGGGCAUCGUUUCUCCCCGUGGUGUGAGAUCUAGGACACAGAGUAUUUCCAGCGACCGACCGUCCACCAUCGCCCACAGCCUCAUGUCACCACCACUCUCUGUUUCACCCGCAGCGGCCUUCAUCGCUGCCUCGGCCGCCUCACAGAUUGUCACCAACGAUCACGAUAGCCAUGCCGAUACCUGGUACGAUCAGCAUGGUAUUGAGCCAGCUGGCGAGACUGCGCUGGUGUCAGCUGAGGCGCUUUCGCUUGUCAACAGCUUCCUCGAUCAGCUCCUCUUCAAUUUCCUGUCCAUCUCUCGCGCUACUACGCUCGCCUCUCUACGACCCGCCGUUUCUGAAGUUUUGAAACCUAAGCUCGCUAAAGAUGCUGUUAACAACGCUGACGAAGAGCUGCGCGAAUACCUCGGCGAAGGCGACGAAGAAGACUAUGUCCAACCCCAAGGAUCAAAUUCGUCACGCGAUUGGGACCUCGAGCUGGUCUGGAAGCGCACACGACUGCGCUGUAUGGUCUACUCGUCUCUUGGUGAUAUGGAGGAGGAAGAUGAAGAUCUCUAUAUGGAACAGGAUAACCUCGAAAUCGGCGCCGAUGAACAGGUUUCCGACGUUAUAUCCCCCGCCGUUGCCAUUUUCCUCACUUCUGUUCUGGAGUACAUGGGUGAGCUCACCCUGACUGUCGCGGGACAGGCCGCAUACCACAGGUUGCGGACAAGAUUCCAGAAGGAGAUCAAGGAGGGUGUCAGAAACCCCACUGAUAUCGCCGACCGCAUUGUCGUCGAAGAGCAAGACAUGGAGAGAGUCGCCCUUGACCGGACGCUAGGACGUCUUUGGAGGGGAUGGAAGAAGCGGAUACGAUCGCCCGUUAUUGAUUUGAAUGGCCGCCCCUUUUCAAGGGCAUCUGACUCACCUGCCCUCAGCCGGGUUGCAACCCACAGCGACGCAGAAGCCGAGACCAAGAAGAGCGAAACCAAGGCCAGUAGCCACGAGCUAUCACCGUCUGAGAUUGCGCUGCCUAUGGGAAGUAACGAUGUAGAUGAGAUCGAAGUCCCUGGUCUUGCAAUCAAUAGCGAUGACGAAGAUGAAGAAGAGAUUGCGGAGGAAUCUACAGGGCGACGACCUAAGAGUCUGUUGAUUUCGCCCCUGGGAAUUACCCAUGGCCUUCCUACGCCGACUCUGUCGCAACCCAAUACGCCUGACUUUGCCGGCCGAAAGCGAUCUAAUUCGCUCCCAACUCCUGGUACAUCGCCAUAUAGAGCUGCGCUCAAGCGCUCAAAGGAGACCGGUCCCACCGAGACGAGCACGCCCGAAGACAAGCAAGAAUUUGAGGACGCCAAGGAGGAACAAACCAACGAUGUUCAGAUCAAAGUGGAGGAAGAGGCGACGACCAAGGAAGAGGCUACCGUGGAGCCUGUGAACUCGAAGAACAAGAGGUUGGCCAAGAUUAUCACAACUGCCCCAGACGCAGCUCGAUCGCAACAUGGCGUGGACGAUGACCUGACAUACGAGAAGGCCGAAAUCUUGACUUCGGCUCGGGUGUCUGUCGCUGGAAGCUCUUCACCUGCCCUCUCUGACACUGGCGGUCCUUUCGCAAUCAAAAGAUCAUCGAGCGUGCACUCGGCUCGCCUCAUCGACGUUGCAGGUCCCAAGAGCCCUAGCGGAUCUCGUUCGCCUUCAGCCGAGGCUGCAGAUCGAAUCCGCCGGGCCAGUCUCACGACUACCCCUAGCAGUGGGCUUUCCAACCAGGUCAGCGUGGAGGACGCACAGGUUCCCAAGGUUGCCGCCAACAUUUCUCGCCCCAUCGUCACAGCGCCCAAGAGCCGAUCACCGGUUGAUGGCAAGCGAGGUUCGAUUUCCAAUGCUGCCACGAUCUCGGAGUCUGAGGAAGAGCCAGAGCGAGAGCGACAUAGGGAACAGAGGAUCCCCAAAUAUUCCGCAUACCAACCCUCGACACCUACUGUGCCAGAGGCUGUUUCGCCGACAGAACGAAGACGGCCUCAGCCCAUCAUUGCAUCCCCUCACCAUUCGCCUACUAUCCACCAGUCAUCCUCCGGAACCAAGGUGACGGCUCUUCGCUCGACAGGCGUGACGGAGACCGUGCCCGAAGAACGAUCCACGGAUGUUUCUCGAAAAGGCCCAGGUCACUCGAGCCGACAUGCUUCUCGAGGCGACAAGGUGCCAACUUCCCCGACCCAAAGCAUCGGCAUGGUGUCUAUCGAGCGAUCGAAGACGAGGGAUUCAGACGAAGAUGCUCCUGUCCCUCCUCGACCAAUUCACACUUCUGGCUCAUCGGCUUCCUCUGGUACCAGUCGUCUCAAGGCUGUCCGAACUUCGGAAGAGAACGCUUCGAACCGCACAAAUGUGGCGCGCAACUUUGAGGAGCUGAUUCAGAGCAACCAGACCAUCACAUACACGCUGACGCCUGAGAACAUGCGUGAUAUUGACGCUAAGCACUCCCUCGACGGCUCUGGUGCUAAGGGAGCACGCAAGAGCGAGGAUACUCGUGCUCACAACCGAUCUCGGUCAUCCUCUGCUGCAACAGACAUGAAGUCGUCCCCGCACCAGCGAUCAGCUGGAUUCAGCGAUGACAGGAUGAAGCCAUUGCCAUCCCCCAACUCUGGCAAGUCCCGAAUGUCUGCUGCUCCCAGAGAUGCACGUGUUCCUAGUGAGUCGACUGCGGACUUUGCAGAGUUUAUCAAGUCGACUGGCCCUACGGGAGAUAACCGACCGGCGCCCCUUCGAAAUGUGAGCAACCCGCCUACCCCCACCAAAACCAGCCUCGAUACGCGUCGUAUUUCGUCGGCAAGCAACCGGAACCGCUACAUGCCUCGGGAUGCUGUCACGGAGGCCCGGUCUGGCAACUCGGAUCUAAUCGACUUUAUCCGACAGGGACCGCCUGGUGCGAAUAGGAACCGCAUCCCGCAUAACAUUGCGCCCUUCCGUGACUCUGAAGAGAUGUCUGGAGCUGUUGGUGGACGGGCUAUCGACGCCAAUAUCCCCGAUAUCCGAUACAGCCAGGCUUCGACUCACGGUACCGACACAUCGAUGCCUUCAAUCCACUCUUCGGUGAACUCAAAUACGGCCCUCCUGAAGAACAAGGGAGCUCCAGCACCGACUAGCAAGAUGUUUGAUGAUGAGGACAUGAUGCCCAAGCGCAAGACCCGUCGCGUCAAGGAUCCAUAUGCCCUCGAUUUCAGUGAUGAGGAGGACGAGGAUGAUUUCAUCACAACCCCCAAGCCUCCCGCUAAGAAGGAGGAAAGCUUGGCAGACUUCUUGAGGAACUACGAGCCUCCACCGGAGCCCGUUACACCACCGAUCUCGAGCAAGGUGCCCAAGAAGAAGGCCAGCGCACCGAGCCUCAUUGGACGGUUCACUCGAAGGGAUAGCAGCCAGUCUAGUGCCGUACCACCGCCGGCUAUCAGCAACGAUACCCGGUCCCUCAACAGUCGCAGCGGAUUCAAGGGUUACAUCCCUAUCCAAGUCAACAUCCCGCCGGGCUACGACAAGUACGGACCUAUCGACUCGGGCUCGUCUCGACCUUCGCAGCCGGCCUCAUCAUCGUCUUCAGGGCGCGUGCCGAUGAAGAAAUUCGAGCCCCGAGAUGCAGUGUCCAACGUGUCCCGCACGUCUGACCUCGCUGCAUUCCUCCGAACUUCAGAGCCGCCGCCCGAGCCCGUCAUCACGGGCCCUCCCAAGGAAGAGAGCAGUGGCAGCGGUCUAUCAAAAAUGUUUGGGCGUCGGAAGAAGUAG